AUGGAGGAGACUGUACAAAUCUAUGAAAAAUUGCCCAUCAUCAACUUUUCUCUCCUACACCACGAUUCUGUCAUCAAGCAAAUCCAUGAAGCUUGUCGAAACUUUGGUUUCUUUCAUGUUAUCAAUCAUGGGAUACCCGAAUCGGUAAUCGAAGGUGCUUUGAAUGUGAAUUCAAAUUUCUUUGAUUUGCCAAUGGCGAUGAAGGAGGAGCUCUUGUCUGAUGAUGUACAGAAGCCAGUUAGAUUUGGUAGAGCACAAGUUGGAUGCCAUGAAAAUGGGGUGCUCUCAAGAGACUUCCUUAAGCUGUAUGCACAUCCUAUUGAUCAUUUUCUCAAUUUAUGGCCUUCAAAUCCUCCCAAUUAUAGGGAAAAAAUGGGAAUCUAUGCAACAGAAGUCAGAAAAUUAGGCAUUGAGCUUUUUGGAGCAAUCAUGGAGAGCUUAAACUUAAGCCCAACACACUUAAAACAAAAUUUUGAACACGGCGAGCAAAUUAUCGGCAUAAAUUCCUAUCCUCGAUGCUUGGAAUCAAACAUAAAAACAGGUGUAGCUGCGCAUACGGAUCACAGCAUCAUCACCAUUCUUCUGCAGAGUUCCCCAGGGCUCCAUAUCGUGGACAGGUCAGAUAGCACAUGGAAGAGCGUUUGCAGGAUCGAAGGGUCGUUCGAAAUCAUUGUGGGAGAUCAUUUGGAGGUUAUAAGCAAUGGUUUGUACAAAAGUGUAUUGCAUCGAGCCAUUCCGAGUUCAAAUAAUGGUUCUAGGUUUUCUAUAGCCAAUCUUCACAGCCUUGGAAUGGAUGAAAUAGUCGAGCCUGCUGCGAAGCUAGUGGAUGAAGAGCGUCCAAAGAGGUACAAGGGGAGCAGCUUGAGAGACUUUAUCGAGCAUCUCUCGUCCAAAGACAAAAUACCUUUUAUUCACACUAUCAAAAUACAAACAAUCUCUGACAGUUGA